CACCCGUACCCCCCACCCCCAGCCCUGAUUGGACAGCCUCACCAAGGAGGCUGGUCAAGAAUCUCAAAGUGUUUCUGAGAAACUAAGUAAUUUAGAAAAAACCCCUACGUGCAGAUAGCUGAAGAGUAGGGUAAACAGGAAAAAGGGGAGAAGACCUUUUUGUAAAACAGAAACUGAAAGAAACAGGGGAAGACUAUAAAAGAAGACCUCUGGCUGCUCGGGGCAGUCUCAGCCACCCAGCUGCCCAGCGUGACCAGUGGCCACGUCUGCCGUGCCUCCCACAUCCUGGCUCGUCUUGCAGCACCUCCGCAUCGGCCCUCACGCGCGGUUUUCACUGAUGAGGCCUCCUUAUGUGCUCAGCAUCCUCACGUGUUAGCUUUCUCGUUGUCAUACGCAAGAGUAUCUUAUGCCUGGCUUCAUAGAAAUUCAUGUCUUUUUCGCCUUUUAAGUUUCAAUCUGGACCACGGAGCAAAUCUUCCAGCCUCCUAGCCAGCUGUAAACCUAGGUCCCAGAGAUGGCAGACAUGCCCAAUGGUGAGCAGGGGUGUGCCUCCCCGCUGGAGCUGUUCAACAGCAUAGCUGCUCAGGGGGAACUUGUGCGGUCCCUCAAAGCUGGAAAGGCAUCGAAGGAUGAAAUCGAUUCUGCAGUAAAGAUGUUAUUAUCAUUGAAAAUGAGCUACAAAGCCGCUGUGGGGGAGGACUACAAGGCCGACUGCCCUCCAGGGAACCCGGCACUUGGGAGCAACAGUGGCCUGGAUGCCGCAGAAGCUGAGGAGGAUUUUGUGGACCCGUGGACAGUACAGACGAGCAGUGCCAAGGGCAUCGACUAUGACAAGCUCAUUGUUCGGUUCGGAAGCAGUAAAAUCGACAAGGAGCUGGUAAACCGGAUAGAGAGAGCCACGGGCCAGAAACCACACCGCUUCCUGCGCAGAGGCAUCUUCUUCUCACACAGAGAUAUGAACCAAAUUCUUGAUGCCUAUGAAAAUAAGAAGCCAUUUUAUCUAUAUACGGGCAGGGGCCCCUCUUCCGAAGCAAUGCAUGUAGGUCACCUCAUCCCAUUUAUUUUCACAAAGUGGCUGCAGGAUGUAUUCAACGUGCCGUUGGUCAUCCAGAUGACGGAUGAUGAGAAGUACCUGUGGAAAGACCUGACCCUGGACCAGGCCUACGGCUAUGCCGUGGAAAACGCCAAGGACAUCAUUGCCUGCGGCUUUGACAUCAACAAGACUUUCAUCUUCUCUGACCUCGACUACAUGGGGAUGAGCCCAGGCUUCUACAAGAACGUGGUGAAGAUUCAGAAGCACGUUACCUUCAACCAAGUGAAAGGCAUUUUCGGUUUCACCGACAGUGACUCCAUCGGGAAGAUCAGCUUUCCUGCCAUCCAGGCUGCCCCCUCCUUCAGCAACUCAUUCCCUCAGAUCUUCCGAGACAGGGCAGACAUCCAGUGCCUCAUCCCCUGUGCCAUCGACCAGGAUCCUUACUUCAGGAUGACGAGAGACGUCGCCCCCAGGAUUGGCUACCCUAAGCCAGCCCUGCUGCACUCCACUUUCUUCCCCGCCCUGCAGGGGGCCCAGACCAAGAUGAGCGCCAGCGACCCCAACUCCUCCAUCUUCCUCACGGACACCGCCAAGCAGAUCAAGACCAAGGUCAACAAGCACGCGUUUUCUGGGGGCAGAGACACCGUCGAGGAACACAGGCAGUUCGGGGGCAACUGUGACGUGGACGUGUCCUUCAUGUACCUGACCUUCUUCCUCGAGGACGAUGACAAGCUCGAGCAGAUCAGGAAGGAUUACACCAGCGGCGAUAUGCUCACCGGUGAGCUCAAGAAGACACUCAUCGAGGUUCUGCAGCCCUUGAUCGCCGAGCACCAGGCCAGGCGCAAGGAGGUCACAGACGAGAUAGUGAAAGAGUUCAUGACUCCCCGGAAGCUGUCCUACGACUUUCAGUAACUCCUUUUAUAUGCGCUUAUAAAGAGAUGUAAUUUACCAAUAAUUCCAGCCCAAUCAAAUCAGCAGCACCUGUAGGCUCUGUCACACGGUAAUUACUGGCCUGGUAUCUGGAAGCCCUGUGUGUGUGUGUCAGUACUGUUUUUCCCCGUCCUCCUUUCUGUCUCUUGGGGGCAAAACCCUUGGGGUGAUUGGGUGCAGGCUAACGUUUCAUGGUCAAACAGUCCAGCUGGAGUCUCCCACAGAGCAGCCCCCACGUGUGGGACCUUGGGCUGCAGGUCCAUGGGCUGGCCUGUCCAGUCCACAGGACAGCUGCUGCCGUUCCCCACACUCUUCAGACCUGCCCUGGGAAAGCAUAUGGAGUCUGUCUGCAUACCUGGAAACAGAACGGCAUUAGCAUAAAUUAAAGCGUGCUUUGAAAAGUCUAUGUGGGAAAGUUUAAUGAGCACAGAUGUAUUUCAGCCUGUGUCCAAAAAAAUUUAAAAGAAGAAUUGUCAGCUGAAAGCUUUGCUCUACAUUUGGCUAAGAGAGCUCCCAGCUUGAAAGCUGCUUUUCACGUUGAAUAUUGGCCCAAGUUGGCCGAGCUUUAUUAAAUUGAGUCUUCUGUGGGCGAGACUCCGGUUCACUUACCACACUCCAGACCAUGCAUGCACCACACUCCAGAAAUCAUACUUUUUCCUGAGCAUACUAAUACUUCCUUCCACCAAAUAAUCCUUGACACUCCGCCCUGAAAGCCAAUGGCUGCUUCACGCUGCUUGUGCCAGAUGCUGAGGGGUCUGUUGUCUUUGCAGAUGCUUUUGUUUUGACACUUGACUGGCGUGGAAGUCUUUCUGCACAGAGCAGUGCCCUGGGGCAGGUGGACGUAGCUAGAAAGCGAGUGGCAGCCCUCAAGGCCCUGAGCGGCGCGUCCAUGGGAGGCCUGGUUAACCGUGCACCCUGUGUAGUUUGGAAAAGUGGAAGACCUAUCUCAGGGAAGGCCCUGGGUUGAGGGGUCUGUGCUUUCUGGAGGUGUAGGGUCCACUCCCUCAUGUCACUUGUUGGCGCGAAUAAACUUCCUUCGGUCCU